AAAUGUUGAAGCGCGUAUUCGUUAACCCGGAAGUAGGUCGACGCACGCGAGUCCGGUAGAAACGUUGCAGUCGCAGACACGAAGGUAACGUUACCUGGUGGAGACGAGACGAGCGGGAUACGAUCUGAGAUAACCGUCUUUAUAAAUCAGCAACCAUGAGUCUAUUAACAAAACCCAAGUCGGAGAUGACCCCUGAGGAGCUCCAGAAACGAGAGGAAGAGGAGUUCAACACUGGCCCUCUGUCUGUGCUCACCCAGUCAGUCAAGAACAACACUCAGGUCCUCAUUAACUGUCGCAACAACAAGAAGCUGCUCGGAAGAGUCAAGGCUUUUGACAGGCACUGCAACAUGGUCUUGGAGAAUGUGAAGGAGAUGUGGACAGAAGUUCCCAAGAGCGGGAAGGGAAAGAAGAAGUCUAAGCCUGUGAAUAAGGACCGCUACAUUUCUAAAAUGUUCCUGAGGGGGGACUCUGUCAUCAUUGUGCUGAGAAAUCCUCUGAUCACAGGAAAAUGAACUCUUUAUACUAUAGGCGCCCAGCUGAACCAGUCUCAGGGGCUUCUUCUCUUUGUUUUUGUGUUAUUUUUGUUUUUUUUUUAAUAAAUGAUUUGAAGGCAGUGGACUACCAUUAAUGGAAACGUCUUUGUUUGGUUGUUAUUUUGUGGUUGGAUCACUGCUGUCACUACUGGGUAACAUACAUAGUGUCAAAAUUAAAACAUUAUUUUCA